AUGACAUCGUGUUGUAUACAUUUAAAUCGUGUUUAUCGACAUGUUUUACCAUACACUAUGGAAGUUUUUAUAAUAAAUCAGCCACGUCAACGUCAUCUGCAGUAUCCUCCAAUAUUCUGGUCAUCAUCGUUUGAUCAACCACCACCUCCUUAUAAUACCGUGAUUCAAUCUACAACUACAAAUUCUAAUAGAGAAAAUGAAAAUAAUGGAUCAUAG